AUGCCACACUCGACGGGGCUCUCGAGCCCAACGAUCACACUUGACGGAAAGGGGAUCGAUGCCCACGUUAACGUUGAUUUCGUCUCUGAACCCGACGCGCCGACACGUUUCCUCGACGACCACGGCCUCACCCUCGACGCCCUUCCCUACUGGUUAGUGAACGUACCGCCAUCACAAUGGACCGCAGAAUGUCCUGCCUUUCUACGCGACCAGUCGCCCAAAAACAUUCAGUGCCUCGCGACCCCCGACGCUCACUACCAGCGACAGAACUGGGAGAUGGCCUCAUUGUGCCGUGUCUUAGGAACGAACCGGAUUGAUCGUUUUCAGCGCGUCCCGAGCGGUCUACGCAAGUACCUAGCCUACAUGGCGCAGAUAAAGGCCGAGUAUGGGUCGGUGAUGCGGUUUGUGCUGCAAGAACGGCUGGGCUGGGGCGAUGGGAGCCCCGAAGGCUUUCAACCGCGGGGGCGGCCGUUCGAAUUUGCCGAGGAUAUGCGCGUUCUGUACAAUGACUGGCCGUACGGAGUCGAUACAGAUAUUGUGCACCUGGUUGUCUGGACCAAAUUCGAGUUUGCGGAUGACCCGGCCACGGGCGACCUCACGGCAGAGGCGCGAGAGGCGAUCGAGCAGUAUGUGCAGCGCACGUUCUGCUCGCGGGUGGCGCCUGCGCAGGUGGUCUGGUUCAGGAAUUGGAAGUCGCUCAAGUCCGUCCACGCGGUCGAACAUUUCCACGUCAUGCUUUACCGGCCAGAUCUGGCAUUCGUGCGGGAGAUCACGCACGGUGACGUGCCGUUGAUUGACCGGGUGUGA